CAUGGCGAGAAUGAUCUUGUCGCCGAUCGUACCGUGUCUGCUGACAUCGUCACAAGGCACCCCAAGAAGGCCAAAUGACACUCCCUACCAAAAUCGUAGAACAACUGCAUUUGAGUUGCGGUCUGAGAUUUUACAGCAGCAAACCCUGUUCAUACCCAACAACAGUACUGCUAUCCUUAGUUGGGUUUAUUCAUUGCGGCGUAGCAUAGACUGAGUGGAUGCCGAGCACAGAUGUGGUGAAUGCCCGUCGCAUGGACAGUUCAUGUGACUCGGCUAAGCUCAGAGGAUGAUUGAGAUGGUUUCCCGAUGCGUGAAGAUG